AUGGCCAUGGUGUUGGCUGUUAUAGCCUUAGCGGCCAACAUGAUAAUAAGCAAAAUGGCCAUGUCUACUGGCACCAGCUUCUUCAUUUUAUCUUUCUACUCUAGUGCUUUGGCUACUCUCAUACUUUUUCCUUGUGGCUUCUUCUUCCACAGAUCAAAGCUUCCACCACUUACCUUUUCAAUCCUCUGGAGAAUUUUCUUGCUUGCUCUAUUUGGAUACAUAGCAGAUGUUGGCAGUUAUGCUGGCAUAGGCUAUAGCUCUCCAACACUAGGAACGGCAUUACUAAAUCUUGUUCCAGGCUUUACUUACGUACUUGCCAUCAUUUUCAGAAUGGAAGGUCUUAAUUGGAAAAGAUCAAGUGAUGUAGCCAAAUCGGCAGGGACUGUUAUUUCCAUAGUGGGGGCAUCUGUUGUGACAGUUUAUAAGGGACCAGAAAUCAUAAACAAACUACAGUCAUUACACUCUCCUAUACUUCUUUGGUCGCCCCAACAAAAUUGGAUCCUCGGAGGAAUUUUACUUGCAUUGGCUGGUUUGUCGACUGCAUCAUGGUGUAUUCUUCAGUCUUCAAUUCUUAAGAUGUACCCGUCUGAGAUGAUCGUAGUUGCUUUUUACUGCCUCUUUGUGACCAUUCAAGCUGGGCUGGGUGCUCUGAUUGCUGAAAGAGAUGUAACUGCUUGGAGGCUACACGCUGAUAUGGGAUUAGUUGCUAUUAUUUUUGCUGGAGUUAUUAAUAUUACAUUCCGAAUCUUUUUGAUGUCGUGGUGCCUCCCGAGGACAGGUCCGCUAUUUGUUUCUCUGUUUAAUCCAUUGACGAUUAUUAUUGCUGUUGCCAUUGGUGUCAUCUUUGAGGGAGAAGUUCUUUAUUUUGGAAGUAUUGUUGGUGCAUUUGUUUUAGUCAUCGGGUUCUAUGCCGUGAUGUGGGGUAGAGCAGAAGAAAGAAAGACUGAAAGGACAAAUAAAAGUAAUAAUGUAGAUUCAUCAGGGCGUGAAGUGCCUUUAUUACAAGACAUGAUCGAAGAAGCCUAG